AUGGAUCGUGACAAGUCGACUGUCACCUUCAAGGGAAAGAUGAGCACCGAGACACCCGUGCAGGUCCCAGAACCAAGUCCUGACGCCUAUGAUGUCGACUACGAAAAGCACGGUGCCCAGCGCGAGGCAAACCCGCUGCCCGAACUCAAGCGGAAGCUGAAGAGCAGGCAUCUUCAGAUGAUUGCCAUCGGCGGCACAAUCGGUACCGGUUUAUUCAUUGGUAGUGGAACAGCCAUUGCUCAUGGAGGCCCCGUUGGCGCUCUGAUCGCCUAUAUCUUUGUCGGAACCAUCGUAUACUCCGUCAUGACCGCCCUCGGAGAGAUUGCGACAUAUAUUCCGAUUCCUGGCGCGUUCACCUCAUACGCGGCUCGUCUGAUUGAUCCCAGUUUGGGCUUCGCGAUGGGUUGGAUUUAUUGGUUCUCCUGGGCAUCAACCUUUGCGCUGGAGUUGACCGCAACCGGUCUGAUCAUCCAAUACUGGGACGAUACCAUUCCGAUCGCUAUCUUCAUCGCCGUCUUCUGGGUUGUGAUUAUCGCUUUCAACAUGAUGCCCGUUAGCUUCUAUGGUGAAAUUGAGUUCUGGUUUGCGAGUAUCAAGGUCAUCACCGUGGUCGGCUUCAUGAUCUUCUCUAUCUGCAUGAAUGCCGGUGUUGGAGCUGAAGGGUAUAUCGGUUUCCGGUACUGGGUGCACCCUGGUCCAUUCGUCCCCUAUCUAGUCGCGGAUAACGAUUCGUUGGCCAAGUUUGUUGGGUUCUGGUCCACGCUGAUUCAGGCCGGAUUCUCCUAUCAGGGCACCGAGCUGGUCGGUAUUGCGGCCGGUGAGACAGAGAACCCUCGCAAGACCGUCCCGUCUGCUAUCCGCAAGACCUUUUUCCGUAUCGUCUUCUUCUUCAUCCUUACCAUCUUCUUCAUCGGAAUUGUUGUACCUUCCAACGACGAAGGUCUCUUGGCUAGCGAGGGCAGCGGUGCCGGUGCUCAAAAUGCAAAUGCUUCGCCGUUUGUUAUUGCCGCCAAUCGUGCCCAUGUUAUGGCUCUCCCCGGUAUCAUCAACGGUGUCCUUCUGACGGUGGUGCUCUCUGCGGCCAAUUCCAACGUCUACAGUGGUAGUCGUAUUUUAGUUGGUCUUGCGCAGGAGGGUUUCGCUCCUCAUUGGUUCAAAAAGACCUCCAAGCACGGUGUUCCUUACUACAGUGUGCUCUUCACCGCAGCCUUUGGUCUGCUUGGAUUCUUGAACGUCUCUGACGCAGGCAGCACCGUGUUUACCUGGUUGCUUCAGAUCUCUGGUGUUGCUGGUUUCAUCACCUGGUCUUCACUGAACGCCUGUCACCUCGCUUUCCAGCGGGCGCUCAAGGCUCGCAACAUCUCUCGGGAUGUCCUGCCUUACAAGGCCAUCUGGCAACCCUGGUUCUCAUGGUACGGACUGUUCUUCAACAUUCUGAUCAUUAUAACCCAAGGAUUCCCUGCCUUCGUCGGGCACUUCAAGGUCAGGGACUUCUUUAUCAAUUACCUGAGUUUGAUCUUAUUCGUGGUGUUAUAUGCGGGACACAAGAUCGUCUUCCGCUCCGCCUUUGUCAAGCCUAUCGAGGCUGACUUGGAUACUGGCCGCACAAGUGCCGACAACGAGACCUGGGAAACUAUUGAGCCGACUACAUGGUACGGCAAGACAUGGAACUGGAUCUGCGGGUGA